CGGUCCUAUAAGACUAGGGCCUAUUCCCAUUGUUAUCUUUCAUUUCUCCUUACUACGCUCGGCCAUUUGAAGUUUAAUCAGGCUCGGUCAACAGGUAGAUCUCAUCCUGUUGUCUUCUCAAGGUGGCUUUUAGUAGCUAAACCACUACACAUUAGUAAAUCAUGGUGAACUCCAAAUGGACUGCCGCCAUCCUAGGUGGUGCCUCGCAGGUUCUGGCCCAGUCCUACCAAAACGCGCCAACCUACGUGUCUCACCCUGAUAGAACCGACGCGGUAAAGGCGACCUUUCAGCGUUCUUGGGAUGGCUACUACCAAUACGCGUUUCCCAACGACACGCUGCUGCCCAUCUCAAAGUCUUAUCAGAACGACCGGAACGGAUGGGGAGCCAGCGCGGUUGACGCCAUUUCCACCGCCCUAGUUAUGGGAAACCAGGAUGUUAUCAACCAGAUCGUUGAGCAUAUCGGGUCUAUCAACUUCAAUGCUACCGCGCCAGAAUCCACGAGCGUAUCUGUUUUUGAGACAACAAUCCGUUACCUCGGGGGCAUGCUCUCAGCAUAUGAUUUCUUGACUGGCCCUCUAAAGGAAUACGCAAAGGACCAGGCUUCCGUAGACAAGAUUCUCCAGCAAGCAAUUAAUCUUGCCGAUGUGCUCAGCGUGACUUUUGAUACUCCUAGUGGUAUUCCAAUCAACACGUUGAAUUAUGGCUCGGGCGGGUACGUGGUCGGCCCCGACACUACCAACGGCCUCGCCACCAUCGGAACCUUAGUACUCGAGUGGACUCACUUGAGUGACAUCACUGGAGACCAGAAGUACGCGGAACUAACGCAGAAGGCCGAAGAAUACCUUCUCAACGUGGUAAACCCCGACGUGGGUGAGCCGUACCCCGGCCUGCUCGGAACCGACGUGAAUAUUACGGACGGCACCUUCACGGAUUCCAGCGGUGGCUGGAACGGUGGUACCGACUCAUUCUACGAGUAUCUAAUCAAGAUGUACGUCUACGACCAGGACCGUUUCGGUACCUACAAGGACCGCUGGGUCACCGCCGUCGACUCCAGCAUCAAGUACCUGGCGUCUCACCCCACCACGCGCCCCGACCUCACGUUCCUAGCCGCCUACAACGGCUUCGAGCAGCUCGAGUUCGUCUCCACGCAUCUCGCGUGCUUCGACGGAGGAAACUUCAUCCUCGGCGGCCUGACGCUCGACAACGACGAGUACGUGCAGUUCGGGCUGGACCUCGUGGCCGCGUGCCACGACACGUACACGAACACCGUAACAGGUAUCGGGCCGGAGGUGUUCUACUGGCAAGACGGCAACCUACCGACGAACGCGAGCAACAACGCGGGACCCCCCUCGAACGCGUCGGCGUUCUACGCUAAGGCCGGCUUCUGGAUCCCCGCGGGCGACGGCGCGUACGUGCUGCGGCCCGAGGUCAUGGAGAGCUUCUACUACGCGUACCGCGCGACCGGCGACACCAUGUACCAGGACUGGGCGUGGGACGCCUUCCUCGCCAUCAACUCCACCUGCGCCGCCGGCGUCGGAUACAGCUCCAUCACCGACGUGAAUGCCCCCGGCGGCGGCAGUUUUGAUGAUUUCCAGGAGAGCUUCUGGUUCGCCGAGGUGCUCAAGUACAGUUACCUCAUCCAGGCCGACGACGCGGUCUGGCAGGUCAAUGCCGCGCACGAUAAUACGUGGGUUUUUAAUACCGAGGCGCAUCCCUUCCAGGUCAAGGGCACGCCGAUCUAGUUCGGCCU